GGUAAAGAUUCUCUGAAACCUGUGGCAUUUCGCGAGGUACUCUUCUGUUCGGUAUACGCCGAAGGGGGAUCGAUAGCGCGUCAGAGACGAGGAGAAUCAGGCGGCAGGCUAUUUCGAGCAACAACACGGCGGCAGAAGCAGCAGAAGCAGUAGCAACGACAGAAGCGUCCCGUCCGCCGCCAGAGAUCCGCAGCCAUUCCACGGCCAUGUCUGACGGCGCACGGGGUUGGCUACGCCCGAGCGGGGUCUAGCCAGCCAAUCGGAACGGAGCGCGAAAGGUCCCGCGCCGUGGUCGUGUCCAAUGGGCGUAGCCCGUUGCAGCUAGGCGCGCGACGUCUUGUCCAAGUAGAGGGGGGCCCUCGCGGUUGUCACAGGUGCAGCCAGUUGGCUGGCGAACUCGAGGCGAGCGUGCUCGAGGAUCGUCGCGUUUCACGUUUCGCGUCGUCGAUCAAAGCGCAACCGUUUGUCCGGUAAUCGUUCCUUCCACUCGUACGCAUCUUCCUCGGUCCACCAUCUCCAUCCAAGUUACGUUCAAACGUCAUCGUUUACGUCGAUCCGUGAAACGCGAUUUAAAUAAAAAGAAAGAAAAAACAAAAAAAAAAAAAAAAGAAAGAAAAAGACAAAUAACCGGAAAGAGUGCGGAUCUCGAAGGAGAGUACGUUGGCAAAAAUCAGCGCGCGACGCGUGGUUGCUUGCACGGCGAAAAGUAGGCAACGGGAUCAUCGCGCGAAGGUAAAACGCGCACAGCGGCUCUUGAUGCGGCCCGUCGCGCGGACGCGCACGUCGCGUCUGAGAGAUCUGUCGCGAUACCGGUCUCAUCGGCGCCAUGAUCCAUCGCGGAGUGUCUAGAUCCGAAGGGAGAAGACGAUCUUAACGCGACACAGGCUUCAUCACGAUGUGCCGGCGGUACCGGCUGAUCAGCUGAGGAGACACACGGACGUUGAAACCGUUGGAAAAUCGAGGAUCGAAAGCUCUCCUAACCGAGCGAUCCCUCGUCCAAUUCUUAUUAAGACAAAAGAAAAAAAAAAAAAAAAAAGAAAAAAGAAAAAGAGAGACUGAAACGUCCAAACGUUUCAGCCUCGAGAUAAAAGUCAAGCCAACGUACGAGUUCCAACAGUACGGAGGAGACAAGACGACAACGACGACGAAUCAUCUGUAACCCGACCAAGUGAUUAACGAGAAACGUGGCUUUACGUUAGACGCGGAUAAACGUAAGAUAACGCGGACGCGAUUGAAAACUGGGAAACACAGGAACAGAACUCGGGAGGAAAAGAGGAGCGAAAUUUGUCAAAAUAUCGAGUGUGUGCUGGGAAAAAAACUGGCAGCCAAGGGGGGAAGUGUGAGAAGUGCGAUUUAACGGCCGUUGGGAUAACACCGCAGUAAAAGUGGGUGCACUGGGGCCCUCGGGACCGUUCGGCCGAUACGGGCCCGUGGAAGGUGGGCCUGGUGGUGGUCCCGGGCCCGGCAAGGGAGUGGGGACAGGGGUGGCCGCAGUCGCGGCUGGGGAGGUGGAGGGCUACGGGGGUGCCGGGGGCGGGGGAGGGGGCCCCGGGGGGGUUGGUACCCCCCGGAUAAGGGUCGCGACCCUCAGCGGGCCCUGCUGCGCACCCCUGCCCGUCACCCAAGCCUGUAACAUAGCAGGGAGACGUGGUCUGGCGAUGAUCCUGUCAUGUGCAGGAUGCGAGAAACCAAUUAUGGAUCAGUACCUGCUGAAUGUUUUGGACCGAGCAUGGCACGUCGAGUGUGUCCGCUGCUUCGAUUGCAGAACCACGUUACAGGACAAGUGUUUCUCCAGGGAAGCGAAGCUGUUCUGCAGAGAGGAUUUCUUCAGGCGAUACGGCACGAAAUGCAGCGGUUGCCUCCAAGGGAUAAGCCCUCAGGAUCUCGUGAGGAAGGCGAGGGACAAGGUUUUCCACCUGAAUUGCUUCACCUGCCUGGUAUGUCGGAAGCAGAUGAGCACCGGAGAGGAGCUUUACGUCCUGGACGACAACAAGUUCGUCUGCAAGCAGGACUACCUGUCGGGCAAGCCGCUGCCGGACACGCAUCACGUGCACGGUCAUCAUGAAUCGUCCAACCUGUCGACAGGAGGAGACUCGUUGAUGGGUUCAGGAUCGGAAGACGAAGACGAGGAUGGUAGUGCUCACCAUCAUCACAGUGGUGUCGGUGGCUCUCAUUUGGGACCUCAUAAUCUGGGUCCAGGUGGUCCUGGUGACCAAACGGUUGGUCAUACCGGCGAUCUACCUCUUGGAAGCGAUCCUUGCAAGCAGGAAGACUCCGAGGAUCAAGGUUCCCUGGACGGAGAUCCCGAAACGAGGGAUAGCCAGACGGAGAACAAAAGUCCAGACGGCGGUGCCGGUGGUGGUAGCGGCGACGGCGGUGCCGGUUCGAAGAGGCGAGGUCCGAGGACGACCAUAAAGGCGAAACAGUUGGAGAUUCUCAAGUCUGCCUUUUCGUCCACUCCGAAACCAACCAGGCACAUCAGGGAACAAUUAGCAAAAGAGACUGGCUUACCUAUGAGAGUGAUACAGGUCUGGUUUCAAAAUAAGAGGAGCAAAGAGCGUAGGUUAAAACAACUGACGUCGAUGGGCAGGAGCCCGUUCUUCGGCGGCUCCAGAAAAAUGAGGGGCUUCCCCCUGAACCUGAAUCCCGGUGCUUUGGGCGGCGAGGACGGACCGCCGCCCGGUUUUCCAUAUUUCGGCGCGGAGAAGUUUGAAUUUGGUUACGGCGGGCCCGUGGCAUUUCACCAUGAAUUCUUUGGUGCUCAUCCGCCCCCUCAUCCACAUGGACCGCCCUUCAGUGGACCAGGCAAUCCUGGUUUGGACCCGGCGAGUUUAGCGGGUAUGGCGGCCGCAGUGGCGGUGACAGGGGAAUAUCCACCUCCGGGUGCGGGAGGCGGCCCUCCGGAAUUUCUCACGGGCCCUCCUGGACAGGGCCCCCCUGCACCUCCUAGCGGUAGUCCUGGAGAGUUCCUAGCACCUUCAGGUGGAGCACAGGGUAAUCCCAGUGCCGGUGGGAAUGGUGGCGGUCCAGGUGGCGGCGGCGGCGGGGGUGGGUUCCUGGAGCCGCACCAGAUGCAGAGCGAAGGGCUGGCCUGGUAGUACGAGUUUUAAUUAACGUUCAUUUCUUUUCGUGUUUUGUUGCUUUCCAUCAGCCGAGCGAAAAUCGAUCGAGUUUCGGCGAAAAAUCGACCGGUCGCGCGCACCUGAUGGAGAGACCGUACGACUUUGUUCCGGCUCCAGAGACUUUUGCCCGCGAACAAAAUGUGGUGAGAGUCGUUCACGUCGAGCCACGUCGAUUUUGCAUCUUGUACGUUACGUUUCUGUAAGAUACGCAUAUGAUAAGACGACCGAUCGUUUAGCUUCGUUUCUUUCACGGUUAUCAUUGUCAUUAUUAACAUUAUUAUCUGUAUUAUUAUUAUUAUUAUUAUUAUUAAUAUUAUUAUUAUUAUUAUUAUUAUUAUUGCCGUUGGUCAAACACCAGCGCGUUACUAUUUUAUUAUUAUUUUUAUUAUGAUUACGAAUCAUUAAAUAUUAUUAUUAAUAUUAUUGUGUAUAAAAUUUCGAAAUGUCCUAUCGUGUAAUAUUAUACCCUCCCUGUUGAUUAAUUUUCGACGUUACUUUAAGAGACAUCCUGUAGAUAUCUGCUGUUCUACACCUGAGAAACACGUACGAAAGACACGUAAAAGAUCAUCGGAAAAAUAACACGACGUACAUCUGGAUAUACGUAAAGAGACACAGCAAUUACAGAAUACGAACAGGUACACCGCGUACAGACGACACACAGUACACAUGCGUAAUUCUACACUUAAAAACCGCUGUACUAUUUAUCAAUAAAGUAUAAAUAUAAAUAGGAAUGUGUAACCUGUAACUGUUAAGGCGGCGAUCGAUGUAAAUAAAUAUAAAUCUGUCUUUUUUUGCGGGAAGCGCGCGAUACAAUUAGUUGACUGAUUUCCGUCACUGAACUGUGUAAUUGUAACUUGCAUUACCAACGUCUUACGAGAAAAAGAGACACGCCGCCACGAUGCAUAAUGAUUAUAAAUAUUAUUAUAAUAAACCACCUCGUAUUUCCGUAUACGUA